AUGACCUCGUGUCUUACUUCUUACCUUAUACUUAGUUUCGUGGCUGUAAUGAAUGGCCAGCAAUUCCGUUGUGACUACAGAUUCUUUCCGGAAGCAGAUGGAUGGCUUAAGUUGCAUCGUGUGCCUGCCAACUGGUUCGAGGCACGGUUGAGAUGUCAUCUCGAAGGAUUUCCUCUUUGGAAGAUUCCUCACACUUGGGCCUUGGGUGAGCCGGACAAUAUCAAGGACGAAGAGAGCUGCAUAGCUAUGCUUCCGCUUGGCAACGUGGCCGACGUGAACUGUCACGAGCGUCUUCCAUACUUCUGUUACAAGAAACAUACUAAAAUAGUGUUUAAUAAUCGCUGUGGCACCACGGAUAAGGAAUACGUGUUCGACUCGCGUACUGGCAGCUGUUACAAAUUCCACACCGUGCCGCGCACUUGGUCCCGUGCAUACAUGACCUGUGCGGCCGAAGGUGGCUACUUGGCCAUCAUCAACAGCGAGGUAGAGGCGCAAGUGAUCAAGGAAAUAUUCGCGGAGCACCCGUCUGACUCUCUGCAAGGGAAUUUCUGGAAGGACGCUGCCCUCGUCGGUUUCCACGAUUGGAAGGAACACGGGGAAUGGUUGACUAUUCAUGGUGAAACGCUCAAAGAAUCUGGAUAA